AUGAGUGAGCAAUGCAUACCCGGCAGCAGCUUAACUUGCACACCCUCUGUGAUGAUACCGCAAAUAAAUACGAGACCAUCCCAACAACAACAACACGGCGACGACGACGACGACGACGAUGUGAAAAAUGACGAAAUUCGGGAUCACAGAGGAAGGCUGCGGCAAUCAUCUCAAACCAAAUCCUCUUGGUGGAAUCCCCUCGAAGGAGUCUUGGGCACCUUUAUAGGAGUACCAGAAGAAACAAAGGAAGAAGUAGAACAGAGAAAGCAGGAGAAGGAACAACAAUUGCAGCAACAGGCAGCGCAAAUGGAAGUCGACCUGAAAGAACAAAUGGAAGUCGACCUGAAAGAACAAAUGGAACUCCAGGAAGAAGAAGAGCAGAUGGAACUCGAACGACUUGGGAGCCAACUGGAGAGGAAGAAAAAAUACGACCAAGAAGAGACCUCUUGGUGGGAUGCCUUUGA